AUUCAGUGCGGGGGAUUGGGAGGGGGAAGGGAAGGAAAGGGCAGGGGCGGGAGGAACAGAGUUAAUUAGGCGGAGCGAUAAUGAACUCUCUUCCUCAAUUUUGUUCACUGUCUUCCUCCAUUGAUGAUAUCUCCACUCUAAUUCCAGGUCUUCCCAAUGAUGUCGCGGCUUUACUUCUUUCCUUUCUCCCUUACUCCCACCAUGCUCGCCUCAAAUCAACCUGCAAAUCAUGGCGCCUCUUCUUCUCUUCUAAUAUCCUAAUUUCCCUUCGAUUCACUCACCCAAAUUCUCUCUCUCACCUUCUCUGCUUUUUCCCUCAAGACCCUUUAAUCGCUUCCCCUAUUCUGUUCGACCCACUAAACCUUUCUUGGUGCCCUCUUCCCCCCAUGCCCUGCAACCCCCAUGUGUAUGGUCUCUGCAAUUUCACCCCAAUUUCCCUCGGCCCUCACUUGUACGUCAUCGGUGGGUCUCUCUUCGACACUCGUUCUUAUCCAAUCGACCGUCCUUCCUCCUCCUCCUCCGCUUUCCGAUACGAUUUCUAUGCCUCCUUAUGGGAACCCAUCUCCCCGAUGCUGUCGCCGCGAGGGAGCUUUGCGUGUGCGGCGGUUCCUGGUUCCGGUCAGAUUCUGGUGGCUGGAGGUGGGUCCAGACACACGAUGUUCGCGGCGGCAGGGAGUCGGAUGAGCUCCGUGGAAAGGUACGAUGUUGAGAGAGACGAGUGGGUUGCCCUUGAUGGGUUGCCCAGGUUUCGCGCUGGGUGUGUUGGGUUCUUUGUGGGAAAUGGAGAAAAGAGAGAGUUCUGGGUGAUGGGUGGGUAUGGCGAAUCGAGGACAAUUUCAGGAGUGUUUCCUGUGGAUGAGUAUUACAGAGAUGCAGUGGUGUUGGAAUUGAGGAAUGGCAAUGGCAAUGGCAAUGGCGGUGGGAGGUGGAGGCAAAUUGGGGAUAUGUGGGAAGAAGGGGAAAGAAGGAGGCUAGGGAAAAUUGUGGUGAUUGAGGAUCACCAUAACCAUGGACAACCUGGGAUUUUCAUGCUUGAUGGAGAUGAAUUCUUCAGAUAUGAAAUGACAUCAAACAGAUGGGUUGAAGAGGCAAGGGUACCUAGAAAGACUCCUUUCAACUCCUCAUAUGGCUUUGUUGCAUUGAAUGGAGAAUUAUAUGUUAUAUCAUUUCUGAAGACAGAGUCGGCCGAAGCUCGAAGGCUACGACAUCACAAGAAAGGAGGAUCGCUGUACAUGCAAAUCUACGAUCCCGUGAAGAAGACGUGGAGAUCUCUCAUUACCAGGUCGCCUUUUCAGCACCCCAUGGAUUUCGAUACUGCAGCUAUGUGUACCAUUCGUAUCUGAAAUGUAAAUAAUACCUCCGCUGCUAUCAACUACUCAUUAUUGCUUACAGAUUUAGGCAUAUGCUGAUGCUGAUUGUUGUUCCCUGAUAGCUAAGUGGCACAUACGUUUGCAUUCCUUUAUGUACAUGUUUAGAAUGAUCUACAGGCAAACUUUUUUUUUUUCUCUUCCUGGAAAUAAAUUUAUCAACUCGAACAUAAAUAUUGUACAU